AUGACGGCGACGACGACGAUGUCGAAUCUUCCAAAGGAAUUAGCAGAGGAGAUUCUCUCUAGGGUUCCCUUAAAACCUGUGAGAUUAACAUGCAGAAAGUGGAACGAUUUAUGCCAAAGCCAGAGCUUUAGGAAGUUGCACCUUGGUAAAUUAUCAGCCGCGAUGAAGGAAGGUACGCUCUCGGAUACGAGGACAAGUCUUGUCGUAGCCUCAAACUCUUGUAAUACUACUGGGUUUCCAACAAAGGAUGUUUUGGUUAUGAAAUGUACGAUUUCGACUCUGAUACGUGGAGGACUCUUGAUGUCCCUCCACAGGAGAUUUAUUGCCGCGGUGGCGUUUCUCUCAAAGGAAACACUUACUGUGUUAGCUAGAGAAGAGAAGCUUUCUGUUUUACUUAACCACAACGACGAGGAAGAUCUAAGUGAGUUUGAGAUAUGGAUUACGACUAAGAUUGAGGCCCAAGAGGUGUCGUGGAGCAAGUUCUUGAAAGUGGAUAUGGGAUUUAUGGAUCCACAUAUACAAGAGGAAGACAUGAUCCUUCCACAUAUACAAGACAUGAUGAUGAUGGUUCCACAUAUAGAAUAUGAAGGCGUUAUGAUGGCUCCAUAUAUAGAAGAUGAAGACGUUGUGAUGGUUCUAGAUAUAAAAGGAAGUUUCUUCAUUGACGAGGAGAGGAAAGUAGUCAUGGGUUAUGAAAAAUAUAGCAAGAAAUUUGUCAUCGUUGGAGAGUCUGGAUACGUUAGUAAAUUGGAUUUCCUCGGAGAACCUGCAGACCCAAAAUGGAAGCCAAAUGUGUCCUCUUAUGCUCCGAGUUUACUGCAAAUCAAGAGAAAGGAAGCAACAGUGCAAUUUGAAGACUUGCCGCUUUUGAAAAGCCACCAUGCAGAUGCAGGAGGACGCAAAAGGAGGAGAGUAAACGAAUGA